AUGGCAGAAUGCAAAAAUGCCCUGGGAAUGGAAAACGGCAGCAUCUCUGAUGGACAGAUAAGUGCCUCUUCUGAGUGGAAUACCACUCACCAUACGGACCAGUGCCGGGUUGCAACUACCUAUUACGCAGAUCAUUGGGAUGCCACCCACUAUGCCCACCAGGGCAGACUGCAGUUCAAAGCAGACGGAGUCAGAGGGAGAGCCUGGUCAGCAGCCGAAAAUGACAUCAAACAAUGGCUCCAGAUUGAUCUGGGCAGUAAUUUUACCAGAGUAACCGGUUUAGCCACCCAAGGACGAGAUGACUACGACUGGUGGGUCAUAGAAUACAAACUACUGUACAGCAGUGACCAGAAUUCAAACUUCAAAAACUAUGAAGAAAGAGGACAGAAGGUAGCGAAGGUGAAUAUUCCUUUUUUAUAUUUUCUUAGUACUGGGGUCAUGGAUUAACUGUGUUAAAAUCCAGAUACUAGAAGCUGUAUUUAAAGGUAUCCUUGUUUAUUUUUGCUAUUUCUUUUUAAAAUUCAACAAGCUGAACGUCUAGUCUGGUUGGUGCAGGAAGGGGGUUGAAGUGGGUACCAAAAACUGGAGUGACACUGAACCAUGAUAAAUAUAAUUCAUUUCAUAAGCGUUUUAACGACAAUUACAAUAUUCAUUUCUCUCUUCGUACCUUACGCAAAUAUAAGAGGGGAACUUAUUAGAUGUGGCAGCAUCUUAGAAGGCUUACCGUGUGCCGGACGUUGUAACGCGAAAGCACUGUCCACACACACAGUCCAACAUCAGCAGUACGUGGCUUUAAGCCUCUGAUACGAUCCAAACAGGUAAGGGUUGGCUACCAGCUUUAUACAAGAAAAAAGAAAAGUAUAGUGGUGCAAUGCUCUGGAAUAAUCUUUCUUAUGAGGUAAAAACAGCACACUUGCAUUCCCAAUUUAAAAACAAAUUUGCCUCUUUUCCUUUUGCUGGGUCGCUCUGAUUCGUUAAUUUGUAUGUGCGUAUAUUUUAAACUUGUAGUAAAUUCUCUUCAAAACUCCCUCCAACAUAAUUAUAUUGUAAAACUGGUAUAUUGUAUAUAUGUUACAUACUUAAUUGUUCUCCGAAAUUUUGUUACUUUUGUGAACACCAUACUGCGAUUGCCUACGCUCACGUCACGCUCCACCUGGAAACCAGCUUUUGUUGUGUGUGGUUAGCGUAGUAAAGUAAAUGUGUUAAAAAAAAGGAACGGAGUUCAUUACGUUAACCUUGACAAAUGGCCUUAAACCAUUUUGGUGGACAAAACUUCCUUUUCCUUAAGUUUUCAGUUAAUUUCGCAAUUUGUUGAAAAGUAAUUAGUAAGGGCAGUUGUUAUCUGUUUUUGGUACCAACGUUUUCCAAAACCAGCUAUUGUAAUGCAGGCAGAAACUAUGUUAUGAAUGUUUUCCGUCAUCGCUACUGUGGAAAUGGAUCAGCAUUUGAAAACGUUAGGCCAGACGUUUUUCACGUCUCGUUUUGACUUAAUAAAUGAACAGCCUUUGCUGCCCUAAGAGCCAAUAUGCUUAAGUAGUCAUAUACAUGCCUGACAGAAAGGCUUUAUUCCAAGACUUAAAGGAAGGCAGCCAUUUAAAGCUUCAACCUUCUGUAAGGUAAUCGAAGACAGUCUUGAAUUCUGGAUUCCAAGCUGCAAAUUACGGAUUCCUUGUCAGUGGAACUUGGAUUGUGAAUCCCAAUCGUUGGCGGGAUUCUGGAUUCCUCUAGCUGAAUUCCCACAAAUAUAUAUUAUAGAAAAUACCAAUAGAAUAUAUGAUCCUCUCUGAUAUCGUGGAUCUCAUAUAUUUGCAGGUAUUUGCUGGAAACAAUGACCGUAACAGUGUUGUUCGUCAUAACCUGACCGAGCUUAUUACGAGUCGUUACAUUCGUGUGAAGCCGACAAAAUGGCACAACCACAUAUCAAUGAGACUAGAGCUGUAUGGUUGUUAUGGUAAGAAUGCGUCUUGUCAUUGCUAAUAUAAUAUUUAAGGUGAUAUAUUCACCAGACCCUCAUGCUACAGAGGGGAGGAUUUAUUGGUUUUGAUGAACACCCCUCCCCCGUUGUCUGGAAAAGUCAAAUCCGAAAGAGUUCAGAAAACACUCUUUCUGGGGUCAUAUCGAGGGAAGUCAUGCGCUAGCGACACGCAGAAAGCAGACGCAGAGUCAACGAAGAGCCCUGAGAACGUUGCGUGGUGGCCUAGGGAGAGCCCACUCUUCCUCCACCCUUGCUCGCGCGUUUUCUCACGGCCCGAGUUCUUUGGUCAAUUGAAAGGGUGAGCUUGCAAUGCUUCGUGCUCGAUGUAAAUACAUGAGAAAAGUCUUCCGUUUCUUAAACUGUUGUAAGUGGUCCCCGGACGAAUGUAUGCUGCCAUUUAAUGGCUUUUCUUAGAACCGGUUUCUUUGUCUAUCCUUUACAGAGAGCAAACCGGUCUCAAUAAUAUCCUAAAAUUGGGCAUAACUUGGCUCCGGGGAAAAACAAGAAACGAGAAACACGCAUCAGUAAGAUAGACCGUUCUCUUUUCAAAGUUCAACACGCGUAGGUUACGGAAACAAUCGCCUUGUAUUUUGAAAGUUGAGCAACAAUAUUUUAAAAUGCCGAGGCACAUUUUUUCGAGUUUGGCCGUGCGCUUUUAAUGUAAUUUAAAUUAGUAAAUAUCUUAAGUGCUCUUAAGGUAAGGCAAAAGGGAUCUUUAUCGAUGAAGAUAAACUCAUUUUUUUCCUCAAGUAUAUGCUCCCACAGCAUUUUGUCCAUUGUUAAAGUUGCCAACACAACAAAAUUGAAGAGUGCUCGAUGUAAAGCUAGGGAAUCAUCUUAAAAAGUUAAAAACACUAUCUAAGAUUUAAGGCUGCGGAUGUUAUUUAAUGAUUGUUAUCAAGCAAACAAACAACAAUUAUUGAGAAAAGACUAACAACUAAAAACUUAUAAGAACAAUGUUUUGCGCGGCUGUAACAAUGUUUUGCUCUUGAGGCAGGAAAUUAAAUGACGGGCGGAAAAUUGCCGAAAUUUCUUGGGGCUUUCUUUGGUCUCUUCGUAAAAUUGAAAUUGAGCUCUUAGAUGAAGGCCUUUGCCUUUUUCUUUCAGAUUUUGAUGAGUGCAAUAAUGGUAGCCAUGACUGUCACUCGAAUGCCACCUGUAUAAACACCGCUGGUUACUUUGAAUGCAAGUGCAAAGACGGAUACAUCGGAGAUGGACGCAACUGUACAGGUAGAGAUCAGUUAAAACACAUUGUCUUCAGCAUUUAUUUGAAGUAUUUUUGACCAUGCAACUUCAAAAAAUUAUAUUUCUGCUGUUAUUUACAGUGCCAUAUAAAGCUAUACCUUAUUGGAAAGGGCAAAAAUUAAAAUUUUAGAAAGAAAUUAUUUCGGUCUCAGGAAACCCACAAUAUUCCACACACACACACACAUUUAAACAAGGCAUUUUUCUGCAUAAUUAAUUUAAAAAUUUUUAAGAGUCUAAUUUUGCCAGGAAUGUUGACUAUUUUGUGUAAUACAGUAGAAAUAAUUUUUUUUCUACAAUAUCUUAGCAAAACAGCCCAAAUAUGGGUCGAAAAUAUAGAGCGACUAUGUCAGAUUAUGCAAAUGAGGUAAGAGCUAAUUAGAUAGUUGAGCGUCACCUCGUGGCCCCGAUAUUGGCCGAAUUCAUAUUAGAAGACGAGAAACUCUUCACAGACGGAAUUCCGUCAGAUAGAAUACCGUCUAAUAUAAAUUCAUGGACGGGAAACCGUCUUAUAUUCGCGACCAAUGUAAAUUGUAAAAUAAAGUAAGACAGAAAAAGAUUAGGGCGAUCAGGCUAGGUUGCGAAGAACAAAACAUGGCUGCCAUCAUGUCAAGUGUUUUAUGAUGAGUACGUGACUUUACCAACAACCGAGGGUGGGUGGAAAGCUGAACUGGAUGCUUUCCUCAAAGACUGGGGAUUUCCUUGCGUAGGCGCAUGGGACGCUUUUCACGUUUACAUUAGCAGCAAUUUAAAGAAAUUUUUUUAA